AUGCCCACACUACGUAUAUGGUCACGCAUUAGACACCAAACUGACGUCUCACCACAUCCCUCACCCUUCUACCCUCUAGCACACAACCCCAACUUUUUACCGGGCUUACGCCCCCAGUUCUUCCAUCAGUUCCCACUGACUCAAAAAACAAGAUACCCGAUGGUCAGCACGGUCAUCACACCAAAGGGGAUAGCUCCGCUGUCUGUCUUAACAUCCACAGACCACCCAACUUCCCAACAAUAUUUCCAAUACGCCCAACUGUCACACUUCCUGAAGGGGGAAUCACACCUUCUUCGAGGAACAAGAGCACACACCAAAUAUGAAACCUACUGUACUACACACAGCCUACAAAUCAAGCACUUAUCUAUAUUCUACAAACUCCUUAACACCAUCAAUCUCACCCCCCUCCCCCAUUCACAGCUUCAUGGGAAACUGAGCUGGGGAUCACCAUUCCAAUGGGUACAUGGCACAAAAUAUUCAUAUACGCCCAUACCACGUCCAUUAGCACCGCAGUAAGGGAAAGCACAUAUAAAAGAAUCUCUAGAUGGCACUACUCACCUGCUAAGAUACAUGCUAUUUUUCCAACAGCGCCAGAUACAUGCUGGAGGUGUGGGCAACCCAAAGGAACUACAACUCAUAUCUGGAGGCUAUGCCCGACCAUCCAAACUUAUUGGCAGAGGUUGGGAGGGCUAAUCAAGGCUAUAACAGGCCAUCAACUACCACAAUCACCUGA